AUGAAAAAUAAUUUACAGGCACAAUUAUCAAAAUUGUCAAAUUUUCAACUACCCAGGCCUCAGCUGAACUCUCAAUUAUCAGGGGCAAUAAAGAAACUCGUGACAUUUUCUCAGCUAAAUCCAAAUAUUAUGAAAAAGAAAAAUUCCGCCAAGCCCCUUAACGAGUUAAUCAAAAAUCGUGCCAAGUCAAAAGCAGUUGAUUCAGAGCAGCUUAUUUUUCAGAAAGAUCCGAAAUCAGAAAAAAUUACAAUAAAAACCCCAACUCAAAGACAACCUCCUGCAAAACCCUCCCUGAAAAAAACAAUCGAUUUUAAUUUCCCUCCAAAUGAUUUUGAAUUCCCGAAAAAGAAUUUAGAAAUCACCCCUCCAAAAUGGCAACAAUCAUCUGAAAUAAGCCCAGAGCGUCCUAUAGUUAGUCCUAUUAAGACUCACAGUUUCAAAUCUCCUAUAAAAUCAACAUUAACCAUUGCAGACUCUAGCUGAUCAGAAAAAUUUCCAUGAAGCAGUUUUAUAGACCAAAUAAAUCACGACGUUUUUCACAAUGAAUAUUUUCGCCCGAACCAAAGAGAAGUAAUUAAUGCAGUUUUGAGUAAACGAGAUGUCUUUGUUUGUAUGCCAACUGGGGGUGGUAAAAGCUUAACAUUUCAACUAUCAGCCUUAGCUAGCGAAGGCAUCACAAUUGUCAUAAUGCCCCUAAUUUCUCUAAUUCAAGACCAAAUGAACCACUUAUCUGCUUUGGGGAUCAACGUGCGCAUUUUUAAUUCGAAUCUGACUCAAGAAGAACAAAACCAAAUUUACCAAGAAAUUUAUACGGAUAACACAAUUAAGCUUGUUUAUAUUACCCCAGAAAAACUAGCGCAAAGCGAAAAAAUGAAGAGAUUUCUAGAUCAGCUGAAUUUUGAUAAAAGGAUUGAAAAGAUCGCGAUUGAUGAGGCACAUUGUGUAAGCCAAUGAGGCAGGGAUUUUAGAUCUGACUAUUUAAAGCUGACCUAUUUCAGAGAAAGAUACCCAAAUGUUCCGAUUUUAGCAUUGACUGCCACAGCAACUGAAAAAGUUAGAGAAGAUAUUGUAAAAGUUCUUGGGAUGAAGAAUCCUUUGAUAUUUUUAACAAGUUUCAAUAGGCCAAACCUUAGUUAUGAAGUUAGGACAAAAAAUAAAAAAGCUGUUGAUGACAUUGCGAAUUUAAUUAGACAAAAAUAUAAUAAUCAGACUGGGAUUAUUUAUUGCAUUUCUAAAAAAGACUGUGAGAAUGUGUCAAAAGUGUUGAAAAGAACACAUAAAAUUAAAGCUGGGUUCUACCAUGCACAGGUGCCACAGGAAAAAAGAGUGACAACACAAAAUAAGUGAACUCAAGGGGAACUAAAAGUUUUGGUUGCAACUGUAGCAUUUGGGAUGGGAAUUGAUAAGCACAAUGUCAGAUUUGUAAUCCAUUAUUCAUUACCAAAAUCAAUAGAAAAUUAUUAUAAUCAGCUGCUUAAAUUUCUGAUCUUCUCCCAUGAGCCAAAGAUGGAUUUCACGAGUGAAAAUCCAGAAAUUCCACGUGGGAAACCCAUUUUUGGCUCAUGGGAGCCGAUCAGAAAUAACGCCAAAAGAUCAUAUCAAGAAUCAGGCCGUGCUGGUAGAGAUGGAAAACCAGCUGAUUGUAUCCUCUAUUAUAAUUAUUCAGACAAAAUAAAGCAAGACUUUUUAAUUCAUAAGACUCAUAAGCAUGAGAACCAGCAAAAUCAGAAUUUCCAUCAAUUACACUCGAUUCUUGAGUACUGUGAAGACAUUUUUACUUGCAGAAGGAAAAUGCAGCUGUCUCAUUUUGGCGAAGAGUUUGAUCCAAAAAAUUGUAAUAAAACUUGUGAUAAUUGCAAAAUAGGGAGAAUUGCAAUAGAAAAGGAUAUGACAAGAGAAGCUUUGAUGGUAGUAAGAAUAAUGGAGGGUCCAAGGACAGGCCUAAAUACACUUCAUCAAAUAGCAACACUGCUUAAAGGAGGAAAUUCAAGAAAAAAUGAAAAUUUAAAGUUUCAUGAAUCUUAUGGACUAUUAAAAAUGCUAGCUCCCCCUUUUCUAAGCGAACAAAAAAAUUUUGUUCGCUUGAGGGGUUAAUUUUUUUUUUAAAAAUAUAUAUAAAAAGUUGUUAGUAAACCUUUUUCGAAAUUUAAAAAUAUUCAUUUCUAAAAAUUGGAAAUAAAGAUUAAUUUAAUUUGUAAAUUUUAUGUUUAAAAUGCAAGCUGUUUAAAAUUAAACAGAAAUAGCAAGAGAUUUCAUUAUAGUAAUUAUCACUUAUUAUCAAAUUUUUUUCACAAGAAAUUUUUUGUUUGUUUAUGGAGGGUGGGUUUUAGUCCAAAGAAUAGGGAUUUUCCAAUGUUUUUAGUUCGCUCACGGAGGGAGAGUAAGCAUUGACGACAUUGAAAAAAUUCUCAGAAGGAUGGUUAUUGAUGAUGUGCUGAGAGAAAAAUCUGUCAAAUCCUUCAAAAAUUUUUCUACAGUUGUAGAAAGAGGGCCAAACAUCCAAAAGCUUAAAUCUGGUGAAAUUUAUAUAAGAAUAAAAUUUGAAGGGGGCAGAAAUGAAAGAGCCUAUGAACAGUAUGAAAGUGAUAUCGACAUGUCACCGCCCGAGUUCAAAACAAUUCCCAAGCCAAAAAUUUCACUUGAGAACAGCAUUUUUACUCCAAAAUUAAGUGAUUUAAAGCAACUAACUUAUACUCCCAAGCCUAUUGAUAUUUCUGGGAAAAAGAGUUUUGAUUAUAAAUUUGCACCCAAAACGGUAGGAAAUGAUUAUUAUACGAACAAAGAAAACUAUUGCGAAAGCAUUGAAAUUUCCUAUGGAAAAUGCAAAACUGAAGAACUCUAUCAAGAGCUUUAUGAAAGACUUGAGCUUGUCAGAAAAAGAUUGGCAAGGCAACAAAAAUGCAAUCCUGAAGCAGUUGCACCUGACUCUUUUUUGCAUACUCUAUGUAGAGAUUUGCCAAUUUUUCAAGGAGAUAUCGCUGAGGAAUUUGUUGAGGAAAUAAAACAUUUUGCAAAGUCAAAUAAAUUAACUGAUGAAAAUCCUUUCGAUUUUGAUUUAGAUCUAGAAACAAUUGACUUUAACUUCGAUACAAUGGAGUUAAAGAGAAAGAGUGAUGUAUCUGAUGACAGAAUUUCAAAAAUACCUAACUCCCCUAUUCAUGAUUGAGCAAAAUCAUUGGAAAAAUCCCUAUUCUUUAGGUAAUAAUACACCCACAAAAAUAAAAGUUUUUAAUAUAUAAGUGAUAAUUAUUAUAAUGAAAUCUCAAGCUAAUAUGUUUAAUUUAAACAGCUUGCAUUUUAAAACAUGAAUUUAUCAAAUUAAAUUAAUUUUUACUUCCGUGAGCGAACAAACUUUUUUUAAUUUCUACAAAGGGGGGCGAGUAAGCUGGUUUAA